AUGGGAUUUCGGGAUUUUCACAACACAAAAAGCGGUUUUUGCAGCCCGAAAGACCCUACAAAAUUUGCCAUCGAAAGUCACUGCAUUAGACGAGGGAAAGCUGUUCGAUUCGUUAAAGUCGAUAAGAAGAGGCUUAGGGGUCGGUGCAGAAAUGGAGGAUGUGAUUGGGUGAUUCAUGUGUCACGAAUGGGUCAUGAUAGUUGUUGGCAGAUAAAGACUUUUAAGUCGGAACACAAUGGCUGUUUUUGGGAUGUCAGUAAUAGAACCGCGAGUUCCAGUUGGUUGGGAAAAACUUUUGUUAAAAAGUUUAAAGUGAACUCGAAGUUGGGGGUCAUACCAUUCAAAGACCAGGUUUACUCCAGCUUGAAAUUAAGCAUUUCAAGGAAGAAAGCUUAUUUGGCUAAGAGGAAAACUCUUGAGCUAGUGCAGGGAACUAUUGCCCAACAAUUUAGUAAGAUUAGAAAUUAUUGCCUUGAGUUGAAAAUUGUUGAUCCAAGUGCCACGGUGAUCUUAAAAUUGACUCAGGAUGACGAUGGCCUGAGAUUUCAGCGCUUAUAUAUCUAUUUUUCUGCUUGCAAAGAAGGUUUUAAGAAAGCAUGUAGACCUUUAAUAGGUGUUGAUGGAUGUUUUCUAAAGACUUCUUAUGGGGGACAAUUGUUAACAGUAGUUGGACUAGAUCCCAACAAUAAUAUCUUCCCUAUUAGUUAUGUGAUGGUGGAAAGAGAGACAAAGGAUACUUGGAUGUGGUUCUUACAGAUAUUGGACUCAGACAUAGGCUUUGGCGAUGGAGAUGGCUGGACUUUCAUGUCAGACAAACAAAAAGGUCUAAUUCCAAUAUUUGAAAGUCUAUUUCCUUAUGCGGAGAAUCGUUUUUGUGUUAGACAUUUACACUCUAACAUGAAAAGAGAUGGUUUCAAAGGCACAUCUAUUAAAAAUGCACUUUGGAUAGCUGCAAAAGCAACAACAAUUGCUGAUUUUCGACAAAGGAUGGAUGAGAUGAAACGGAUGGAUGAGAAGGCUUAUGAUUGGUUGUCCAAGAAACUAGUAGAGCAUUGGUCUAAGUCACAUUUCACCACUACUGCUAAGUGUGACGUACUUUUGAAUAACAUGUGUGAAUGUUUCAAUAACCUCAUAUUGGAUGCUCGAGAGAAGCCUAUAAUUCCGUUGUUUGAAAAUAUAAGGAGUUUGUUGAUGGUACGCUUUCAGCUUAAUAGAGACAAGGCUGAGAAAUGGGACAAGGACAUUUGUCCUAAAAUUAGAAAUGUUUUGGCAAAUAUCUACAAGCUGAUUCUAUGCACUUUCAGAUCCACGGACCAUCUGGUCAGCACACUGUCAACUUCAGUACAAACUCUUGCAGCUGUAGAAAAUGGGACUUGA